UGUGUGAGAAGAAGAAGUGAACCGGCCGGUCCUGCAACAACAAACUGAUCUGUGGUCAGAGCGUCGCCGCCUCACAGGAAACACAGAGGAGUCCUGACAGAGACAAGAGCAGAGUGCAUGAUGGGACUGAAGAUGUUGCUGCUGCUCGGCUCGCUGCUCGCCGUUCUGGAGGUGAGGUUGGUGGUGAGCAGCCAUCAUGGCCGCUCCAUGCCCGGGUCUCCCAGCAACGUCAGUAGGACGGACCCCGGCCUCUUGCUCGCCGUCCUCAGCGCCGCCGGCUUCUACAACAACCAAUCAAACGACGCCUUCCUCUUCAAGCCCUCCGCCAUCGACAGAGCACAGCGGCAGCUGGUUAAGGGGCUCAAGUACAUCGUAGAUCUGGAGAUCUCCAGAACCGUCUGCCGUAAACGAGACGACAACCACGACAAUCUGUCCAACUGUGACCUUCAGCCUGAAGGUCGUCUGCAUCAGACGUUUCAGUGCCACACUGAGGUCUGGGUGGUCCCCUGGGAGGGUCAGACCACGACUCUGAAGCUUAACUGUAAAACCAACCUCCAUCAUCUUCGCCUGUGAUGCUGAUGUUACAUCCACCCGUCUGCUGCUGCUGCUCCUCCUUCUUCUCCUCCUCACCUGUAAAACCAAAAUAAAAUCAGCCUUUUCGAUACUGAA